UGACGUGUGUGUGCACGAGUGGUACUUCCUGACCACGGUUGUCAUAUGACUCCGUCUGUUCAUCCGCUCUCAGCGCAGAUCUGUUUACACUUAGACCAUUUAAUUUAAUUAAGAAAAAUAAUAACAAUGUCUACAUUAGUGGCGAAUCGGCCCGUGGAUCUGAACGGCCCUGAAGCAGCGGCACGGCAGCACGCUCAAGCCGUGGUCAGAAACUACAUCUCCCAGCCCCGACUGACCUACUCUACUGUGUCUGGUGUAAAUGGGCCACUGGUUAUUUUGGACAAUGUCAAAUUUCCACGUUUUGCAGAGAUUGUGCACCUUACCCUACCUGAUGGGACCAAGAGGAGCGGGCAGGUUCUGGAGGUCAUUGGCACCAAGGCUGUCGUUCAGGUGUUUGAAGGCACCUCAGGCAUUGACGCUAAGAAGACCGCGUGUGAAUUCACUGGUGACAUCUUGCGCACACCUGUGUCUGAAGACAUGCUUGGACGCGUUUUCAACGGGUCAGGUAAACCAAUUGACCGGGGUCCUACUGUUCUGGCUGAGGACUAUUUGGACAUCAAUGGUCAGCCCAUCAACCCUCAGUGUCGUAUCUACCCUGAGGAAAUGAUCCAGACGGGCAUCUCUGCUAUUGACGGCAUGAACAGUAUUGCUCGUGGACAGAAGAUCCCCAUCUUCAGUGCUGCUGGGCUACCGCAUAAUGAGAUUGCUGCCCAGAUCUGUCGUCAGGCUGGUUUGGUGCAGAAAUCGAAAGAUGUGAUGGACUACAGUUCAGAAAACUUCGCUAUUGUCUUUGCUGCCAUGGGGGUCAACAUGGAGACUGCACGUUUCUUCAAGUCAGACUUUGAGGAGAACGGUUCUAUGGACAAUGUGUGCUUGUUCCUGAACCUGGCCAAUGAUCCUACCAUUGAACGCAUCAUCACUCCGCGUCUGGCUUUGACCACAGCGGAGUAUCUGGCUUAUCAGUGUGAGAAGCACGUGUUGGUCAUCCUCACGGACAUGAGCUCCUACGCAGAGGCUCUGAGAGAGGUUUCUGCUGCCCGUGAAGAGGUGCCGGGCCGUCGUGGUUUUCCAGGUUACAUGUACACUGAUCUUGCUACGAUCUACGAGCGUGCUGGAAGAGUGGAGGGCAGGAAUGGAUCAAUCACCCAGAUCCCCAUUCUAACCAUGCCUAAUGAUGAUAUCACCCAUCCGAUCCCUGAUCUGACGGGAUACAUCACAGAGGGACAGGUGUAUGUUGACAGACAACUGCAUAACAGACAGAUCUAUCCUCCCAUCAACGUACUGCCAUCUCUCUCUCGUUUAAUGAAGUCCGCUAUCGGAGAAGGCAUGACCCGCAAAGAUCACGCUGAUGUCUCUAACCAGCUGUAUGCAUGUUAUGCUAUUGGUAAAGAUGUUCAGGCCAUGAAGGCUGUGGUGGGUGAGGAAGCUUUGACCUCAGAUGACCUGCUAUACCUGGAGUUCCUGCAGAAGUUUGAAAAGAAUUUCAUUACUCAAGGUCCCUAUGACAACAGAACUGUGUUUGAGACACUGGACAUUGGUUGGCAGUUGCUCCGAAUCUUCCCCAAAGAAAUGCUGAAGAGAAUUCCUCAGAGCACGCUGGCCGAAUUCUACCCGAGAGAGUCCGCUGCCCGUCACGGAGCCUCCUAAGACCACUACACCUUCUGGAGGCCCGGGCUAAAGGUCACAUGACCUGUCUCCCUCAGAAAACCUCACCCCUUGUGUCCACCUCUACUCUGACAAGUGGUGUUUAGAAUUACAGGGCAUAACUCUGGGAUAAUACAUAUUUAGUAUGCAUAAAAUGGUUAUAUAAACAUGCAUGUCAUUAUCCCAUGUUUUAUGACCACCAGAGAUUAUUCCAUUAUUCCCUGUUGUUGUGUUAUACAUGUUUGUGUGUACUUUGUGUGGAUACAAUAUGUAAUCGUGAUUUGCUUUUGUUUCACUGAUUUGUUUUGGAGAUGCAUACCAUCCUGUAGUUCAUUUUUUUUUCUUUUUUUUCCGACUUAUUUCACGGUCCGCAGCCUAAGGCGAAUAUUAAAAACAUUUGAACUCAAAGGGAAAAAUUCAGGGCUUACUUACACAUUUAUGUCCUCUCUCACAUCCUCCAUUCAUCAUUGCAACAAGCACACAAAUAAUGCCAUAUUUCGAAACAUUCCAAUGUAAAUCAUGAGAAUAUUUGAUUUACAAAUUAAUUUCCAUCCCUUCCCUUGAAAAUAUUUGCUUUUAUUUAUUUUAAUGUCCAAAAAAACUAAUUAAAAUGAAUGUUUGUGCACCCAACUUAGUUUGUGUUAUGCUGACAGACAGGUAAUUAUAGGUGUUGAAUGAUCAUAUAGUGUGUAUGCUUGUCACUGACAGCUGUUAUUUCCCCUUUAGAGGAGGAUGAAAGAUGUUUAUGGCAUCUGCUUUGAAUUAUGUGCUGAGAUAUAAGACUGAUUAAGCAUUCCCCUCUUGUAUGUGUAAAUGCAUUUUACCUGUAUUGAUUGCUAUUAAACCUGUCAAACCUCUCAGAUUAAUUAAAUUAUAUUGUUAUAUCGUGA